GGAUAAUAAAUGGUGGUUAUGUUAAUAAAAAUUAUAUGAAUAAGUUAAAGGAAAAGGCUAUGAGUUGGAGAUGGUUUAUUAUGCUUGGAACCUCUGGAGGUGGAAAGACUCGUAGCUUGUUUGAAUUGCUUUGUCAAGUGUAUGGUAUCUAUUUUACAAUGCUUGCAGGUCAUGACAACCCUGGAUCCAAAGACUUGAAUAUGGCUAUCCAUAAAAUGGGAUGUGAAUUUAAGAAAGAUGAUCCAAGGGCAAAUACUGAUAUAGCUCUUAAGUAUAUUCGUUGUGCAUUGGCAGCUUCUAAAGCUCAAGGAGAGUUUUUAGAGCCAAGAAAGUGGUUGUUAUUACAGCUUUUACCCUCUAAUAUUGAUAUAGGACAUGAUGAUUUUUGGGUAGAGCUUUCAAAA